CGCCGCUACCGCGAGUUCACGCGUGGCGCGAGCGAUUUGCAAUGGCGGAGUUAUUGCUUGAUCCCGAUAUUAGAUUAUGGGUUGUUUUGCCUAUUGUGAUAAUAACAUUUCUUAUUGGAAUUGUUCGCCAUCAUGCGACGAUACUCUUUUCAUCUGCAAAGAAAGUAGAGCUACAACAAGUAACAGAUAGCCAAGCAAUGAUACGGAGUCGUUUGUUACGAGAGAAUGGCAAGUACCUUCCAAAAGAAAGCUUUUUGAUGCGUAAGAACUUCUUCAACAAUGAGGAAACUGGAUUUUUCAAAACUCAAAAGAGAGCUGCUCCAGCUCAGAAUCCAAUGACAGACCCAACCAUGAUGACAGACAUGUUGAAGGGGAACCUUACUAAUGUUUUACCGAUGAUUGUCAUUGGAGGCUGGAUCAACUGGACCUUUUCUGGUUUUGUUACAACUAAAGUGCCAUUCCCGUUAACACUGAGGUUCAAGCCCAUGCUCCAAAGAGGAGUCGAACUCGCAUCUCUAGAUGCCUCAUGGGUAAGCUCUGCGUCUUGGUAUUUUCUCAACAUAUUUGGACUGCGAAGCAUGUACACGCUAAUUCUGGGACAAGAUAACCAGGCAGAUCAAACUAAGCAAAUGCAGGACCAGAUGUCAGGCGCAGCAAUGGCCAUGCCUCAAGAUCCGAAAGCAGCUUUUAAAGCAGAAUGGGAGGCACUGGAGAUCACUGACCAUCAGUGGGCUUUGCGUAAUGUUGAGGAUCAACUGAUUGCAUCUAGUCAAAUUAAUCCAGAGCCUGUUUUCACAAAGAACAAGUUUGAAUGAGAAUUCAAGAAUAAGACUGGUUGUAAGAGCAUGUUCUCACGUCCUGCAUUCGACGGCAUAUGUCAGACACAGAACCAGUUUAGCUACCAGCUUUUAUUUCCCAAUACUGCAGGCACAAGUCCUGUAACACCUAUGUUAUCACUUUGUUGUAAUGUAUCGUCUUUAUUCACUAGUAUUUUAAACAAGAAUGUUGGUUUACUCUACAACGAGUUCCUAAGGACUCUAGUAGUCUUACAAUAUCAGUUGUUAUUAUUUAGCAUUCUAAUUACAAUAUUAUUGUCACAGAGUUGUCCACAUAGCAACCAAUUUCAUAUAGUUGUCAUAACUAUAGCAUUAUAACCAAUGUCAUAAACUAUCGUAAAAAUAAAAUAAUUUAAUGAAGAGUAACAAAUGUA